GCCAAAACGUGCUCGCUAUUACGUAUUUUUCUCUCUUCGCGCUUUCAUUAUAACCUAAGACUCUCUAAGGAUGCAUGCGAACAUACCCCCACCACUCCUCUGCGUGUUCUCGCUCCUCCUGCUCCUCUCCACCCCCGUCUGCCAAGCUGCCAACAAUCCGUCCUGCGCGGACAACAUCCCCUUCUCUCACGUCCAACACCCCUAUCAGCCUCAGGACUUGUGGGGGUACGUCGGGUCGCCCUACCCAACCAGCGCGCACUGGACCAACUUCAUUCUCAACAACGGUACCCAGCCCGCCUUCCCGCUCCCUUACUACGUCUACAGAAACGACUCCGGCGUCUUCAUACUCUACUCCGAACCUACCUGCGAAUACACCUCUUGCGUCACCUCCCUCAACAAAGACCUCUUCCUCAGCUCCGUCGAAGCCCUUCCGCUCUCCGCCUCCUACCUCGCCUAUCACGACAGCCUCUCCGUCACCAUCGAGGUCAAACCACUCAGAAUCCAGCCCUCUCUCAAAGUGUUCCAGAAAAUCUCAACCGCCAUCUGCAACAACGUCAAACAAGACCACAACCAAAAACUCUGCAAAGACACCCAAACCUCUAUUGACAUACUCCGAUCCAUCCACAAAACACAGUACCUCGGCGACGUUCGCAGAGACAAAACCCACCCCCCUAGCCACACCGAAUCCAUCUACGGCAUCAAAAUAGACGCCAUGACCGUCCACCUCGUCUACGGAUCCCCCUACAUAACCGUCAAGUAUGGCUCACUCACCCCCGUCAUCUCGGGCUCCUCGAACAUCGUCCGCAUCGACGGCGAAAAACCCGCCCUAACCAAAACCUACAAGGGCUCCAAGUUCACCCUCCUCCUCGCCAACCGCAAAAAAUACGUCGUCUACGCCGUCAACGGCAACAUCUCCUUCAAAUGGAACGGCGCAUCGCUCAUCGCCACCACCACCUACCACGGCGUCCUUCGCAUCGCCAUCUGUAACAACGACGACCACGCCCUCCUCUUAGACAAAUACGUCACCCCCUACGCCAUAGGCGGAACCGUCAACGUCAGCUUCCCAAACUCCUACAACGCGGAAAUCCGCUUCAACUGGAUCCACGAGGGAUCCAACGCGGACAACGACCUCCUCAUGCUGGCUCUCUCUCACCACCGAAGCUCCAUGAGACUCAGAAACACGGCCUUCAUCACCACCCCCAUCAACACCAUCAAAGGAAAAAUGUACGGACUCGUCAAAAACCAGUGGAUUCUCUACGAGACCAUCGGCAACAUUCCAGAAUUCCAUAACCUCGGAGUACCCCUCAACUCCACCGAAGUCGCCGCAAUCACCCUCGCCCUCAAAGAAGACCUCCAACACGAGCCAGCAACCCCCUCCACCGUCUACGAAUUCGGAAACUUCGCCGCGAGGUACGCCAGAUUAGCCCUCAUCGCCGAAGACGUCAACGACAUCGACUCCAAAAACAUCGCCCUCCAACGACUGGAAACCGCCCUGAACCCCUGGCUCGAAUCCACCAAUGACAACCAAAUCCUUUACGACGAAACUUGGAAGGGCGUCGUCACACUCCGCAGCAUAUCAGGCGACAAAAACGCGGAAUACGGAAAUGGAUACUACAACGACCACCACUACCACUGGGGAUACCUCAUCUACGCCUCCGCCGUCCUGGCCAAACUCAAAAACGAAUGGACUUCACCUCACGCCGCCGCCGUCGACGCACUCGUCCGCGACAUCGCCACCGACACCGAACUCGACCCCUGCUUCCCCUUCACCAGGCACAAAGACUGGUUCUUGGGACACUCCUGGGCCUCCGGACUCUUCGAGUUCUACGACGGAAAAAACCAAGAAUCCACCUCAGAAGCCGUCAACGCCUACUACGCCGUCUCGCUCUGGGGACUCGUCACCAACAACGCCUCUCUCGUCAACUGGGGACGACUACUAACCUCCACCGAAAUCCGAUCCGCCCAAACUUACUGGCAAAUGAGCACCAACGACGACAUAUACCCCUCCAUAUUCUCCAACAACCAGUGCGUCGGCGUCUUGUGGUGCUCGAAAGUCGACUACGCCACUUGGUUCGGCGCAAACACCGAGUACAUCCACGAAAUUCAAAUGCUCCCCUUCACGCCUGUCAGCAAAGUACUCAUCCCAUACAAUUGGAUCGCCUCCGAGUACCCCGUACUAAAGCUGUCCCUCAAGAGACCCAGCCCUCCCAUAGAAGAGGCCUGGAAAGGCUAUGUCUUCAUCACUCAAUCAUUCAUCAACAAAGGCAGCGCCUGGCAAAACGCCCUCGAGCUCAAGAGCUUCCACAUGGGCAAUUCAAAAGCAAACACGCUGUACAUGAUUGCCUCCAACUAAGACACUCCAAUUUUAUCACGUCUAUUACGGCUCCCCUUCUCGCAUGAAAGGGAGCAUUAGUUUACCUUCCCAGACGAACUCUACAAAAAAAACCUGUCGUAUGUACGCCUCAAUAAAUGAACGUGCCAAUAUACACGACGCUGAAA